AUGAAGCGCCGGCGUUUGCUAUAUAAGCAGCCUCUUCCUGCCGCGCCGUCGAGUGAUGAGCUUGGGCAGGUGAGAACGCUUGUGAGAGACAAGUGGGUUGCCUCCUACCUUGCCGAGCAUGGACGUGGGGGUCAGGAUGCACGUGCUGCGGCCAAACGAGAGUUCACCUCAGCCGCCAACAAGCGUCAGAUGCUGAGUUCCAUGCUGGAGUCUGGGCAGGUACCACCCCGGCUUCAUGCAGCAGCCACCCGUCUAAUCAUGGCUUGGACAUCUGAGACGCCCCUCCGUGGCCCACAUGAGGUGGAGGAGGAUGUCAUGAGUUCGUACCGUGGCAGUGGGACUAUGUUUCGGUAUUCAGGGUCGUGGAGCCGUGUGGACGAUGCCGCAAUGUCGGCGGUGCUGGUUGCGAAGGGUCACAAUGGCAUUUCUGAGGUAUGCAGUCGCCUCAAGUGUCACCCCUAUGUGCAAGGAUUGUGGGACGAGUUCUCGGCCUUCAGGCAGCAGCUGGUGUCAAGCACACCUAUCACGCGCUGGACUGCAGCCAUGGAGCUACAUGUGGAAGCUUCGCUUGCGGCCAACCCUCCCAUUCCAUCGGUACACAUACAUUUUAUGUUUGAUGCCAUUGGCAAGACCAUCUCAUUUCGAAAUGAGCCUGGAUUGAAGUUUCGCAACUCGCAGCCGUACAGGUCGCUUGCAGCACCAGUCGCCCGCGGACGGGCUUGCAAACGAGCCUAUGAUCAGGGGCACUUUUACUUGACUCCGCUCAAGACAGGUGCCAUACUCCAUGCCACAAAUGCACCACCGUUCAAGUCCUAUGCAGUGUCUCCAGAAUGGAUCACAAGCAUGUGGCAAGGGGAUAAAUUGUCUCCGGAAUCGGCCAAGGAACUCUAUCUCAAGUGCAAAAAGCACGUCAAACAGUAUUGUGACAAUGUCACAUCACAGGUCCAGAUGACCCAGCAGAGCAACUUGCAGGAACGCCAGGCUGCAGCACAGGCAGCCUUGCUCCGCAUGCAUCGUCCUCGGGUGUAUCUGGAACCAGUGGAACAAGAGUUCUUGCCUCAAUUCCAGGUGGAUGCUUUCAGACGACGCUUCUUGGUGCUGGACGGACCCACGAAGCUCGGCAAGACGAUCUUUGCCUCCAGCCUUGCAGGACCCGAACACACUCUGGAGUUGAAUUGUGCAUCGUCCAUGGAACCCAAUUUGCGGGACUUCAACAAUGAUGUUCAUCGCGCGAUCGUGUUUGAUGAGGCAUCUUGUGCCAUGGUUCUCCGGCACAAGAAGCUUUUCCAGGGUGGUGUGCAACCACUGGAACUGGCCAGCUCCAACACGAAUUGCUACUCUUACAAGGUUUGGGUCUAUGGCACGAUGAUGAUCGUCACAAGCAACACCUGGACUGCAGAGUUGCAUGAGCUGUCACCUGAGGACGCAUCAUGGCUGCGUUCCAAUUCGGUGCACGUCUACUGCACACAGAAAUUGUAUUGCUAA